AGUUGGAUUCGCUUCCGCUGUGCCACAACAGGAACUCCCAGCUAUAAUUUAAUUUUUUAAAAAUUUAAAAAUUAUUUAAAUGUGCUGUUCCACACACCUCUCCAUAAAGAUCUACAACCCUGCCAAGGUCCUCCAUCAAAGCCAAUGUGAUAUUAAUAUACAUUUCUAAAAUCAGUAAAAUUUUAAUCCUAACCUAAGCAACUGUGAGCUAUCUCCUAUCUUCUGGAUUGAGAGGAAGGGCAGCUUGAAUUUCCUUGAAAUGCCAAUAUCAAAAUUCUUUACAUUCCAGCUAAAAAUGCUUUGCUCACCAUGAGACUCUGGCUUCUGCCCCAGUUCCCAUUUAGAUUUAAUGUAUAACUAUUAAUGGUUAACGCAGGGUCACAUAUUUUUCAGUCUUCUGUUUCGAGGAUGCGCACUCCCCAAGUGUGGUUAAUUGAAAGUUGGAGCUGCACCAAAGAGAGUGGAAUAGAGAGACCCUUCCCCAGCCCUUCCAGUUGAUACCCUAGCCUCUUUGCUCACAGCUGUCACUCCCAUUUAUGCCCCUCCUUGUCAGAGAGCAGGGAGCUACUUCAAACAACCCAGCCCCGACGGGCUCUUCCUGGGGAAAACAGGAGAAGAAAAGCAGGCAGACAACGUGGAAGCUGCCCAGCUGGCCCAGUUGAAAACACAUGGAUCAGAGAUGAACUGCCCAGCCAAUGCUUCUUGAAUUCCUGACCUAAAACAUCAAGUCACGGUAGAAAGAUAAUAUGUCCCAAAAGAGCACCUCAGCGAGUAAGAGUUUCAAGAUACGUCCCAGUUGUUUCCAAGCCCACUAGAAUCCGAGCAUCAGGGGGAGGAAGUAGCGACAUUCCUGACUCAUGACCGGGCAUCACAUCUUUGGAUGGAGAAGCAGUCUGAUAAAGGCCAUGAACAAUGUGAACUUUGACAACAGGAAAAGAAGUGUGGUAUGGGGUAGGUACCCAAGGAAGUAAGAAAACAUUUCUCUCUCUGGGAUUAUGCUUGGAAUAUGUGACAGAAAUGUCAGAAAUAAAGAAGAAAACCACUAGAGUUUCUCUAAACAUCAGUUCCCCAGUUAAUGAAACCUCUAGUAUCAGAUCAAGUUACUCUACCUUAGUUCAACCAUUGCUUAUUGACCCCCACAGGAUGCAGAGCCCUUGCAGCAGCAGCCUGUCGGGGUCCACUUGUGCUGUAGCCCCUGUGUUUACCAAGCAUCUUCAAGACAUCUCUACAACCAGAGGUCAGUUUGUCGUGUUUGAAUGCCGAGUCCAGGCCACAGCCACAGUUCAAGUUCACUGGUACAGAGAGAAAGAGCAGAUAGCAGACUCAGAUGACUUCCGAAUUCUGAGGAAAAAAGCUUGUUUAUCAUCCAUUCCUGAGGAGGUGUGCACCUUGAUUAUCACAGAAGCAUUUCCUGAAGAUUCUGGGCAAUUCAAAUGUAUUGCAGAAAAUGAGGCUGGGACUGCAGUCUCCACAGCACGACUCUUUGUUUCCCCAGAAGGAAGAGAUCUGGAGAAAUCAGAGCGUUCUCCAAAGUCACCCAUGAGGAAAUUUUCUCCAAAACUGGCCUCCUUUCCCUGGAGCAGUGACAGCUACAUAAAGGAAAAAAAUUCAGACAACACCCCAAUAAACCUUAUGCCAACUAUUCCUGAAACAGGCAGUCACACCGAACAUGAGGUCCAGGUUCCAAAGAAGGAUUUCUGUACCACCAAUGAAAAUUCCUCUGAACUACAACCACAAUGGUAAGGGCAGACAGACCUAACAUUCACUCAUUCAAUAUGUUCUGGGUUCUAUAUACAGAACAAAGCACAUGGCUAAGCUCCUGUCCUCAGGGAGCCUGCAUUCUGAGAUGGUUCACUCUGUCAUUUCUCCUUUACCCUCUAUCAUGCAUUUCACUAGGGCAGAAACAGUAAGUGAUGUUCUUAUAUCCACAUUUAAGGGUUUGCUACAGAGACUUACUGAAAAAGAUAAUCCAGGGAGUUCCCAUUCUGGCGCAGAAGAAACAAAUCCAACUAGUAUCCAUGAGGAGGUGGGUUUGAUCC